AUGUAUACACUCAGGGAUUUUGGUCACCUCAGACAGCGUAUACGUCCUUCAAUAUCUAAUGGAAUCUGUUUCUGUUUAUAUCGUAUAGCAUAUCCGAGAGCCUGGGGAAGGCAGCAGUUUCAACACUGGAACUCGUGUCAAUUGCACACAUCGUCGACCCCUGCCCCCCGUGCCGGAAUAUCUGCAAUAGACUGCAACGAGGAGAGUCUGUAUCGUUACACUUCUGGACGAUGGCUUUGGAACGAGAAGGAACAGCUUUCCCGCCGCUAUGUCGAAUUUAAUUUGGACGAACUCGCCCGCAUUGCUAUGCAGGUAACAGGAUCCCAGUCCGGUAUUCAAGUGCAAAAGCUCCGAGAAGGGAACUUCAACAAGGUCUUUCUCAUCACGAUGGACGAUAACAAAGAAGUCAUUGCAAAAUUACCCAACCCAAAUGCAGGGCGCCCGCACUUUACCACGGCUAGUGAGGUGGCCACCAUGGACUAUGUCCGUAAUGUACUAAAUGUUCCAACACCGCAGGUAUACUCGUGGAGCUCCUCGACUGAAAACCCAGUUGGAGCCGAGUAUAUCAUCAUGGAAAAGAGCCGCGGGCUUGAAUUAAGCAAGCUCUGGGAUGGUAUGCCGGGCUCCGAUAAGUUUCAAAUUGUGAAACAACUCGUCGGAUUUGAGAAAAGACUUACGUCCUCUCGAUUUCCCAUGUAUGGAAGUCUCUACUAUGCAAAAGAUCUCCCGGAAGUUCAACCGAACCAGCUUGUUGGCAUUGGUUCGAAGAAAGACACGGUAGAUACGGUCUUUGCGGUCGGUCCUACUACGAACCGGACCUUCUUCGAUGAUGGUAGAGACGCUGUUGAUGUGAACCGCGGGCCUUGGGAGUCUCUUGAGGACUAUGUACUUUCUCGGGCCUACCGUGAGCUUGCGUGCGUGCAGUCCUUUCCAACCUUUCCGCGUCCUCAGGGAUUCUUCUAUGGUCCGGGCCAGUAUCAACCUACUGCAGAAUCCAAGCAGAAGACCUUGCAGAAUUAUAUUAAGGUCGCACCAUUACUAUUACCGAAGGACAAAGAGCUCUCUAAGCCCGUCCUCUGGCAUCCGGAUUUACAUGGAGACAAUAUUUUUGUUAAUCCGGACCAGCCAACCGAAAUUCUGUCCAUUAUUGACUGGCAGGCGGUGAACUUGUCGCCUCUUUUUCUCCAGGCGCGCCAUCCUGCCAUAGUUGAAUUUGAUGGUCCCAUCCCCGAGGGACUAGAAUCGAUCAAUCUCCCCGACAAUUUUGAUGAGCUUAGUCCGGAAGAACAGCUUGAUGCGAAGAAACUCCGAGCCGCCCAGUCACUAUACAAACUCUACGAUAUCCAACUGAUUCGGCAAUGUCCUGAAAUCGCUCACGCAUUGCGGUUUAAAGAUUCCCUCUCUGGCCAGAUCACAGGCUUGGCGGGCUCUCUCUUUAGUGAUGGGGAACCAAUCGUCCAGGGAAUGCUGAUAAAACUUCAGGAGGAAUGGUCCAGUUCUAUUGGGCCGUCUAUUCCCUGUCCGCUGUCUUUUACCGCGGAGGAGAAGGAAACGCAAAGAGAAGACGCGGCAAAAUGGGCUGCCGGUGUUGAGUUGAUGGAGGAAUUUCUCCACCAAGUUGGUGCGUAUCGGGGAUGGGAUGGCUGGGUCAAUCAUGAUAAUUACGAGCUCUAUAAAGAGCGGUUUGUGCGUUGCAGGGAGCAAUUCAUGAACCGGCACUCGGUGACAGAUGAAGAGAGAAACCGAUGGAGGGCUGUCUGGCCGUUCAAGGACAAUUAACAUUCUUCGCUGAUCUAGACGUAUUCCAAUGCUCCCUCUUAAGUCGGGC